UUUACCGCUUCCACUACGAGUACAUGCAGAAACGGGUGGGAGACAAGGCCAAGCUCCUCUACACAGACACAGACAGUCUCAUCUAUGAAGUAAGCGAUGUAGAUAUGUACGCUGUGAUGAAGACUGACCUUCAUGAGUUCGACACUUCUGAUUAUCCGGUCGAUAAUCAAUUCAACAUUCCUUUAGUCAAUAAGAAGAUAGUCGGACUCAUGAAGGACGAGUGCAAUGGCAACAUCAUGACGGAGUUUGUUGGCCUCUGUAGCAAGAUGUACUCCGUUAAGGUACAAGGACAGCAACCUAUCAAGAAGGCAAAGGGUGUGAAGUCGUUAGUCGUCAAGUCAACCAUUGAGUUUGACGACUACAUCCAUUGUCUUCGAGAUAAGGCAACGAUCUCCCGGCAACAAAAGAACAUCCACAGCCGCCUCCACGUUAUCAGGACCGAGAAGGAGCAUAAGAUCGCUCUGAGUCCACUUAACGAUAAGCGAUACCUCAUCCCCGGUCAGACGGAUACUCUACCGUGGGGUCAUUACAUGAUUGAUGGAUAUCAGCUUAUCGAGGAAGAUGAGCCAUCUGCGAAGAGAGUCAGAUUACAUUAGAUCACAGCUCUACUGGGCAGACUCCCUGCCGACCAAUCCGAUGUGUGAGCCGCCGUCACCGCUGGUAGUAGUGGUGGGGAAGACUAUACUUAAGGAAGCCCAACGCUCUCGAAAUCAUUCUCGAUCAACGAGCUAAAGAGCAAACACCUCAAAGAUGGACGCUAUCAACAAGAUUGCCAGCGGAGGAUUCCUUCCCACGAAGAAGAUGUCUGAGCUACAGACCGGACAGAAGCAUAUGGUGACAUCCCUACGUCCAGUCAAAACCAGAUAUGGACUGAGAAUUGUGGCUACUCUAGACGAUGAUUGUCAGGUGUUCCUCCCUUCCCGUGUAUCAGCUACAUUGGAGAAGGACAAAGAGACCUUUGAGAAUAUGUCUAGUCAAGCCAAAGAGAUGUCCCUGACCUCAAAAGGCGAAAAUAACAUUGAAUUUUGUAUUGCCUAAAUGUUAACCAUUGUAAAUAAUUGUUUGAAUAAAUAAAGGAAGUUAAUGGAGAGAUAGUUAACUAUGGUUGUAUCUCACAGGUGAGAGCGAAGGUGGGGCUCUCAUCACUUCCAAAAAAAA